GCAGAGGCCGAGAGAGUUCGCAUGCAGCAGGGCAACAGGUCCUCCUCCCUCUCUUACCGGGCUGAGAACGUCGCGAGGAGAGCUGAAGAGACUCUCCGACUAGCACAGGCAGCUCGCAGCUUGAGUGCCGACAUUAACAGAGUUACAUCUGCAGCCAUGACGACCUCCCCUGCUCAUGACGAGCAGCCGGCAGGAGACGAAGAUGCUCCAGCGCAUCAAGCAACCUUGACAGCAUCUGACGAGGAGGCUGAUGAGCGGGAGAGCCGGGCGGGAGAGCCGAACUUGAGUCUUGAGGGAGAAGUCAGCCAGGCUGAGAGCACUCGCUUGGGCAUGGAGGACAACGAAGCUGCUGAGAGCAGGACUCAUCAUCGGCCAACACUGUACCCAAACGCCCCUGAAGCACAGAGCGACCAGCAAAUGGUACAGACUGCAGGAGAGACAGCAACGAUGGAGGAAGGCGACCUACAUGGCGAGAUCGAGAGGAGGAGGGAGGCAGCCGAGUCGGUCGCAGCAGUGGAAGCAAGAUUGCAUGCGGUGCGGCAAGAGCAGCAGCGGCUGACCCGAACAGUGGUCGAUCUUCGGCAGAGAAUAGAGCGACUAAGAGACACAUCGGGAACCUCUGAGGAGUGAAGAGGAGGAUACAUCCUAGCUACCUGACGACCUCUUCUCUUCCUUCCCCUCCACCUGCUUCUCAUCUUCGACUUGUUAUAUUUGACUUAGUGAUAUCUUU